AAGAUCCCCAUCUCCCACUACCCUUUUCUCUCUCUAUUUAGCUCUGAUAAAUAUAAUUACUCUGUUUUACUAUUUUAAUAGUAACCAUUUUUAAUACUAACUACUACUAAUCUACUCGUCUUCAUCUCUCUUAUGUGGUCUUUCUUGAAAUAAGAUAAAGUUAAUGAUUCUCACGUCUUACCAAUCUAAACCCUUGAAUCAAACUCAACUCCCAUUCUUCCUCUCAUUCUCAUUUCUUCAAUUCCAAAUAAUUUCCCUAAACAAACCCUACAAUUUGAUGAGUUUUUGAUUUUUAUAAUUCUUACUUUUUGGAAAAGGAAUUGACAGAACCAUGACAGAAGUCCUACUCCGUUCUCCUUCUUCUUUACCACCCACAACUACUAAUGUCUCAAUCAAUAAGACUCGGUCUCAUCAUCAUAUCCAAAUCCCCAAUUCCCUUAUUAUUAACAAUGCCCCAAAUUCAUUUUCUUCCUCUUCUUCUUCUACUUCUUUAGUUGAAGAAGAAGAAGCACGGAGACCAUCUUCAUCAUCAUCAUCAGAAGCAGAUCAAGUAUCAUUAUUAGCAUUGUUGAUUGCAACAUUUAGGAAGUCCAUGGUUGCUUCUUGUAGGAGUGAUAUUAGUGAAGGAGGGGAGGAAGGAGGGGAGGAAAUGUCUUCAUCCAUGGAGAUUGGAUGGCCAAGUAAUGUUCGACAUGUUGCUCAUGUUACUUUUGAUAGGUUUAAUGGGUUUCGUGGUUUACCUGCUGAGUUUGAACAUGAAGUUCACCGGAGAGCUCCUAGUGCUAGUGCAAGUGUUUUUGGAGUUUCUACAGAAUCUAUGCAGUGUUCCUAUGACUCUAGAGGAAACAGCGUCCCAACAAUACUCCUGCUGAUGCAGAAACGCUUGUAUGCUUUAGGAGCCUUACGGAUAGAAGGAAUUUUCAGAAUUAACGGCGAAAACAGCCAAGAAGAAUAUGUCAGAGAGCAACUAAACAAUGGAGUUGUGCCAGAAGAUGUUGAUAUACAUUGUUUAGCAGGUCUUAUAAAGGCUUGGUUCAGAGAACUCCCAAGUGGAAUAUUAGACCCUCUUGAACCCGAGCAUGUAAUGCAGUGCCAAUCAGAAGAAGACUUCAUGCAUCUUGUGAGGCUACUACCCCCAACAGAAGGCGCUUUGCUCGAUUGGACCGUAAACCUGAUGGCGGAUGUUGUCCAGGAAGAACAUCAAAACAAGAUGAACGCUCACAAUGUUGCGAUGGUUUUUGCACCAAAUAUGACUCAGAUGGUGGAUCCACUAACUGCAUUAAUGUAUGCCGUGCAAAUCAUGAACUUUCUCAAGACAUUGGUUGUAAAAACGCUAAAAGAAAGGGAGGAUUCUGCAGCAGUGCCUUUUGUUUCCCAUGCAGAACCUUCAGAUGAGAAUGGACAGCACAGCCCUUCGCCGCCUUACUGGAAUGCCAGCUCCUCUCGACAGAAAGAAGACAGAGAACAUAUCUUCUUUGAUGAGGACCCUGUUGUAGAAAGUCCUCAACAUCGUGGGAAGGCUAUCCCUGACAGAAUUGACUCCAUCGAGGAUGAUUUCUACAGCAAUUGUGGGGUUCCAACUCCAACACACUCGUCAGCCCGGGGUUAUGAAACAGGUAAUAUUAGUGUUCCGAAGUCCUCAAUUCUGGUAAACUUCUUUGACAAGUCCGCACAAUCAAGUAAAUCAAAUUUCGGGCAAGAAUUAAGAAAGGUUAUUGAGAAGCCUGUGGUUCAAGGUUCAGGACCUGAUGAGAAACCCAGGGAAAUCAGCAUCGUUAGUCGCAUAAACCCAAGGGUAGAACGUGUUGAAGCUUGGCGAUAAAUGCAGUAAAUGGAAAGAAGGGGUUCUCUCCUUGUCCCAUAUGAAGUAACCUAACUAAUGUGCUCACUAGAGCUGGCAAUGUGAGUACUGUUUGCAUUUGUACCUUGAAGGUAUCAUAGUUUACGCUUUCUCUAAUGUUUCUUAACCCUGUAUUCAUCUGUGUAUGUCAUCUUUUUUUCUUCUUCUCUUUCUUUUACAUGUUAUAUCAUUUCACACUAACAUUUCCUCAUUCACAAAAGACCUUCUUGUAUCACUUGUGAGAUAAAACAGAACAUACGAAAAAGAAAAGAAAAAACUAUACUGUUUUUUACUUGUUGAAA